AUUUCCUAUUUUUGAAGCUAAACAAAAACUAGGAACGGACGAUACUGAUAAUAACCAAAGAAAAAAUCUGCGAGAGUUCGGAGAGGAUGCAGAUGGCAAUAAUGGUAAAAAUGCAGCGGCUAGUAGCAUUUUUACUAAAACUAAAAUUGACAAUUUUCGCUUGACAACGGAAUUUGACGGCGAAAACGACCCGCAAAAUUGCCGGGGCUUUCAGCCGGGAGAUUUAACUACGGCUAAUAAUUUUAGGUUAGGCAUAAAUAAUAUGGAUAUCUCAGCCACCGGUGGCAAUACUUUUCAGUAUCCGGUGAAGCAAGCGGAUGGGACUUGGGGGGUCAGCACCGACCACUAUGAAGAAAAUGAGGCGACUAAAAAGUACGCGGUGGGAUUAUUAGAAAAAUAUUAUGUUGCUUUGAAAGCCAAUGCUGUUAUUAAUUAUGUGAAUAAUGAAGAUAACCAAAAAUUAGUUAACGCUUCUUAUAAUAUAAUGCUCCAAAUAGCCCAAUUGGUAGAUGAAAAUCCCACUGACCAAGCCA